AUACAUACUCGCGACAAGUUUUUAAAUUGUUUACUCAAAAAACAAUUAAGUAUAAAGAAAUUUCGACUGAAAUCUGUCCUGUAGUAAUUUGUUGUUCACAGAGAAAAUUCUAGAAUAAAAAUUAUAAAAAUGGGUGAUACAGAACUUCUGAGGACCCUUACUAUCAAUUACGUGGAAAACGUGGCUGAGUUUUAUAAAAAUAGUAAUAAUGUAAGAAGAGGAUUUGCUUAUAACUGUAUAGCCAAUGUAAUCAGAGCUAAAAAAAGGAAUCCUACUUUACCAAUCGAUUUUUAUACUACACUCGGUGGAAUGACCAGAGACAAGAUAAUAUUUAUUUUCACAACGUUCAAGUAUUGCUUAGAAAUAAAAGUUUUCGCUAUGGAUCCUCGCCGAAUAUCGGCUAAAAGGGCUAUUUAUAAAGCUAUUUAUACCACGAACAGAAUUACUAGAGUACUGUUAAGUACUGAUGUGGUUUUUAGAGAUGUCGAUGAACAUCUUUGCUCUACAGUGAGGGAAGCCGUAGAUAAUCGACGUCUACUUAUUUUGGCCAUAGAAAUAAGUGACGUUCAUUCUAUGCAUCCUAGUGUCAUUAAAGACAUGGAUAUUCAAAUCCCCGAAGAAGUCUACGUGAAACAAGUAGAAGAAGACGACGCCGAACUGAUCAUAUCAACUCACGACUAUCUCUUUCCACCGAGCACCGAUUUUUUUCGAAAAUUGAUCAGAUUUUACGGCGGCUACGGCCUUUGUUCCAAAGAAAAUAACGAAUUAUUAUCUUUGGGUGAGUCGAAUUCAACUUUCGAACGUCAAUUCCCAACCGUAAUCUUUUGAUACAGGACUGAUAACUACGGGAGGAACCAUCGAUUACGUAGGGACAGUCGAUAAAGCAAAGAAAAAAUUACGCGAGAACCAUCAUCAAAUUAUUAGCCAAAGAAUUAAUCUUCUGGGAAGAUCAAAAAGUAAUCGGUAUUUUCAAAGAACUCCUAGCAGAAGACGAAAUUUUCCUUUCGGUAUGCGGGUUCAUGAAACUGUCAAUUCCAGAUCACUACAUGACGUUAUAUUGUACUCCAUCGCGAGUACUCCACAUAUGGGAGGUUAGUAUUUUUACUAUUUAAGUUUUGAGAUAAAUAAAAACGAAUAAUUCGAUGUUUCGACCGUUCAAAAACAUUUUUUCUUUAUUGAUGUGGUUGUCGAAUUAUUUAAACCAUUUUCUCAGUGUGUACAGAAACAAAACAUAAAAUGAGUAAUCAGACAUUUGUAGUACAUGUUUUUACCUAUAGAUGGCGGUAUUAUUUAACAUGUAUACCAAUUGGAUAUUUGAACAGAUAUAGAAUAAAAUACGUAUUUACAUAGAAAAUAUUCAUAAUAAACUUUGUAUUAUUUCCUUUCGAAGUUUUCUAAUUAGAACAAUACACUUUAUUAACGAAAAUAAAAACAAAACAAAUAAUAGUUUUUAGAAUCACGAUUUGUGUACGUUAUUAAUAUACGUCACCUGUCAUUGAAUACUGCGUUGGAUGUAUUAUACAGGGUAAACUUUUUUUAGGCUAAACUUACAACUAAAAUAUUAAAAAGCGUUAAGUUCUACAAAAAAAGUUACUCUUCUUUGAUUCGUGUAACUCAAUCGGUUAUCGAGUUAUUUGCUUUUAAAAAGUUCAAUAAAUUUUAAUUUUUUUAUAAAAAAA